GUUGCUAUCCUGACCUAAAUUGAAACAUUUUAGUCAAUUAUAUUACGUCAUCUAACUCAAUAACUCACUCUUACUUUAGUUGUUGUCUAAUCAAUCUUGUUUCUAUAUUUGAUCAUUCUUGUAUUACCUGAUUAAUAACCUAAUCUUGACAAACCUCGUGUACACACACAAACACAAAAUAAUUGUAUAAAUGCGAUUGUACAGCUAUUUGGGUGAAUUCGCCGAAAAGUCUUUUCUCUUAACGCCUCUUUUUCAUAUGAGUCAAUUGGGAUAUUUAAGCUGCGUAAACAAAAGUGUUGCGUUAGUAAGAAUGUUACCUUUAAAUACCUUAUGGAGUUGGCAAAAGUAAGUUAAAAUAUGAUAGUCAACAGUUUUUUAUCGUCAACUGUAUUUGCUGUCAUCUCAAGCUCUUAAGUUCCAUGAUUUGUUAUACUCCAUGAGUCACAAUGUACCGGUAAAUAUUAGCUUAAAAUAAUUGUCCUUCAUAUACUGCACACCUUGUCAACUAGUGUAUAUGACAUAAAGUAGAGAUUAGUUUAAAGUAUGCGGAAUGACAUUUAACAUCAGUUGUCCUUGCAGACAAACAGUAAUUAUACCCAUGACCUGAGAAUUUGAGAAAUAUGUGUAAAAUCUUGCGUGCGUAUAUAAUGAUAUCCAUUAAGUUCCUGUUCAAAUAGUCAAGCUAACGUUAAUAUCCUUGACAUGAGUAUGCAGCUUACAUUGACUUUCGAAUAUAAUUGGAUUUGUUUAAUUCUAUCAGUUAAUAAUAUGCUCGGCAUGAUGUGAAGUAUUCUCUGUAUUCAGUGAGAUUACUGGUAAAUACUCUCAAAACCUUUUUUUGAAUAUUUUAGAUGGCUACACACCCACUCAUAGAGGCAGGCUCAACUGUUAUGUUGCGGGCUAUAGAACUUGAAAAACAGUUAAAGCUAACAGAAAGUUUUGUGUGCUACCAAGAAAGUAUUGGCUUGUUUAUCAAAGCCCUUCGAUCCCUAUCUGGAAACACGCAGUUGCAAUUCAAGGAAAGACUUAAACAGAAAAUAUCUGAAUAUAUGUCACAUGCAGAAAAGUUGAAAGAUAAAAUUAGAAGCGAGACGGCAACUGGAAAGUAUCAUGAGCAGAUUACAAUAGAAGAAGGUGCUACCGGUUAUGGCUACAAAAGGAUUUUCGGAAGAUUUCUUGAAGAUGGUUCGGUUAGCGAAAUUUGGGUUGAAGACCCAUACAUCAGAAAUAGUUUUCAAAUUGAAAACUUUUCGCACUUUUGUGAAGUUGUGGUCGGUUCAGAGUCAAACGUCAAGAAUAUUUAUUUGACGACAGGAUUAGAUGUCCACCACUCAGAUGAACAAAUAAAAAAAUUCCAACUGUUGAAAGCUGAUUUAAAUAACCAUUCAGUAUGUUUUGAAUGGACAUUUUCAAAUUUACUACAUGACAGAGAAAUACGAUUCGACAAUGGCUGGAUUGUUAAAAUCGGUCGUGGAUUAGAUUAUAUUCGUCGUCCAGUGCAUAAGUUUUGUGGAUUGGGCGUUCAUGAUUAUGAAUUCAGACAAUGUUCUGCUACAACUGUAGAUAUUUUUCAUUCUUCAACUAUUCGCUGA